AUGAGUUUGGCUUCAAGGUACCAGUUGCUUCUCGUGAAUCAACUGCACCUUCCACCUCGUCUGGCUCUCUUCUGCAGCCUCAACGAGAUGGCUGGUCGGGUCGCGAGUGCUUCUUCAAAAGAGUGGGCUAUGAACUUCAACUCAAAGUCAAGUCUGGGCCUAAAUUCUUCCGAUUUUUUUUUAGCAAUAGGUCUUUUCGAAUUCCCGGUAUCUGAGACCAGCCUCAACGAGAUUGUCGGUCGUGUCGCGAGUAUCUUGACGAUGUAA